GCAGGUUUAGAGAAGGAAAACACAGCAAAGAUCCAACUGGGGUGCACACAGCUGUUAGAUAAACACAGGUUUGAAAAGCAUAGAGAUUUACAUGUAGUAAAUCAGGAUGGAAAGGGGGGACCUGUGCAGAGGGGGAGUGAGUCCGAAAUGUUUAUCUCUGUCCAACAUAGGAGCAACGUUAAGAAAGCUGAGCCUGUUGAUAAGAGGGAUGUAGAGAAGUCAGGUGACACAGAUAGAGAUGAGGGUUUCAUGGUCACAUCUGUAACAAACACAGAGGUAAUAUCGUUUGCUAGAAGAGUACCAAUCAGGCAGGACAGGAAAGCAAGAGCUGAAAGAGAAGUGAAGAGAUGGGCAGGUGAGAAAAGUUUGGAAAGGGGGGUGAGUGUAGAGAAAGACUGUGAGUCACGUGAACAGAUUGAGGCACAAUUUGGGGACAAAAAGGCACCUGAUCUUUGUCAGGAAAAGGGAUUUGAAAGCUUGAUUCCAGCUGAAACUAGGCAGAAUUGUGUCAUGACUACAAGAGCAGAUGCAGCCAGUCCUUGUCACACUGCUGAGAGUCAGUACAAACAUGAACCAGCUUUCACAGGUCUACUCUGUGCAGUCACACUCAGGGCUGGAGACCCCCACAGCAGGCCAGAGUGGAGCAGCACAGGACCCUACCUAACACAUACUGCUUUGUCCCAUCACACAGAGGAUCUUAUGAGUAAAACUGAGAAAACAGAAGACACGACUGUUAAUAGCAACGAGAAGGAAGAAAAGGCUUAUAAGACUGUUGGUGAAAUGACGAACGAGUGCAAGCAGGAAGGACAUUACAGCAACAUUAAUUCAGAGUGCAUCAUUCAUGACGAAACAGCCAGAUGUCCAAAAGAGAUCACACCUGUGGGGAAUCCCCCAGGUCCCCUUGAAAUUCAAAUCCCCAGGACUGUGUUUUACAUUGCAGAAGAAAUUGUGGAGAGAAAAAAGACUUUGUGUCAAAAUAUCGACGGGAAAAAUUGGGAAGGAAUGCAAGGAGUCGAAAAGAGGGAUCGCUGGAGGAUUGGAAAACCCUUGAGCUGCAUCGAGUCCCUGCGAGAGAAAAUUAGGCAAAGAGAAUUGGAGAGUUUGAGACAAAGGGAGACACAGGAUAGUGAUGGGAGUGAGGCUGUAGACAUCAGUGAUACUCAGACAGAUUUGGACAUGUAUGACAAGAGAGGAACUGAAAUUGAGAAAGAGUGGGAAGCUGCGGCUCACAUGCAGAAGAGGCUAGUCGAAGUAGAGACGGGACAGGAAGAUGCAGCAGCACAGAUAUCCAUGGCUGCGUUUGACGUCACACAGGAAGUCAGCGUGUUGAAAACCUGCCCUCAGCUUCCUGUUUCUGUCCUACACUCACAAGCCGUCAGAAGAGAGGAAGUAAUAAGAAGGUACACAGCCGCUGCCUGCGAGGUUGUCUCUGACAGCUCCCAGAUACCUGAACAUGAAGACGACCCCCCGAAACAUGUGGAAGAACAGUUGACGUGCCACAGGGGCCGACACGAGGGCAUAGAAGAAAGGGAGGAGGACAAAAAGGAGCUUUCAGUUGAGGAGGUAGGGGAGGAUACAUCACCUCUCGAUCCCACACAAUCUCUCUCCUCUUCACCGGUUCAUCCCAACUCCCUCGCAGCCAUGAGCCGAAUUUACAACUUGGAAACUGUCGGCUCAAGGUCAGGUUUGUGUCUGAGAGAGAGGACUGUAGACGUCUCAUCGGUGCACCUUGUUAAAGUGAAACCCCUUAUAUCAAAUGCACAGCAGGGAGACAGCAAAGCAUUUACAGGUGAAGACAAGCGUGGGGUUCAGUCAAUACAGCGUCAGAUAGAGCAAUUUCAGUUGAAAGAGAAAGAAGCACUGAAGUCUUGUUCCUCACCAAAAAGUUUUCUUAAGGACAGAGAGACAAAAGGGCAGCAAAGCCCCACGGGGGUGUCCAGGCACCAGGUAAAAGAUGAUGUCAAGACCCAGGAAAAGGCUCAAGAAAAGGCAGAGAUAAACCUCAAUAUGUCACCUCAGCAUGUUUGUUCCUCAACAUCACCACUCAAACAAACUAUCACCAUCAACCCCUCGCGUCUCAGGAGCCCAUCCCCGGACAGCUCUCUGAAGCCCUCCGACUGCGCACCGACCCCAGCCUCCUCCCCGAGCUCCGCUUCUCCUGUUCAGUCUCCCAGUGUCUCACCAUUUCCAACUCCAUCACCCACCCUCUUCUCCAUUAGGAGUGCCUCUGGUGGCCAAGUGAAGAGAGGUGCCACCAUCACAAUCACACCAAGAAAGCCUACUGCUGGAGGAGGAGGAGAUGCGACAGGGUCCUCAACGGGGUCUACAGCAGCAGGCUUGGCACCUGCAAAGGCUCCAUUGCAGCAGGCUCAGAUGACCCCCACUGAGACUGAGCCAGCAAAGAAGAAGUACCCAACAGUGGAUGAGAUCAAGGUGAUUGGCGGAUAUCAGAAUCUAGAAAAGUCUUGUCUAGUCAAGAACAGAGGGACCCCAAAAAGGGUGAAGGUGUGUUUCAUUGAGGACCAGCUAGAGCAGGUGUGUGAGUACCCAUCAGAGGCCUCCAUGCUGGCGUCUACCCCCUACCCUCAUGACCUGGGGAGGAUCGAGAGGUUGCAGGGAAAGGAGGAGCAGGAAGAGGAUGAUGAAGUGGAAGAAGCAGCAAUUGUGUCCAAAGGCACAAGGAAUGUUGCGAUUGCAGUGCGACGGGUCUAAGAGUGGAUGAGUCUUGCCUUCGGUCUUCGCCAAAAUUGCCCAUGUGAUGAGAUCACCAACAUUUUGUUCAACUAUAUUACCUGAUUUUUAUUUUGUGUUUUUGAAUUGAACAUUGAAGUGAGUGUUAUUAUUAUGAUGUUUUGCUUUAUUUAGCAUCAAAAUGAAUGAGUAAUGUGAAAGAAAUGUUUAGUAGUCUACAAUUAGAUUUAUGCAGUUGCAAAAAAUGAACAUAAUCAUGUUUACUAGGGAAAUAUCACCUAGUUUUAUCAUCAGGGAAACUGAGGGACAAAUGCGAAUGUAACAGAAUGGUACAAAUUAUAUAGAAUGUUCUCAACUGUGUGCACUGUUGGGCGAUGAAGGAUCACUUGUCUAUGCAAUAUUAUUUUGUUGUUAAUAUAUAGUUUCUUCUAUGUUAGCUUCUAAAUUCAGGUUAGUAUUGCCUUAGCACAGAAGAGAGAUGCUUGUAUCAUCUGAUUUCAUGUGCCUGCUGGAUUUGCCCAUACAGAUGAUAUGAAGAUCGGUUGGGUAUUUGAUUUUUUAAAAUCUUGGGGCGUUCAGAAAAACCUUCAGAAUGUGGGUGUUAUGUUGGAUGUUGCAGGAACUGCUUUUGAGUGCAAUGUGUGAGGCAUACAGGUCUGUGUUUUUUGUGGGUUUUACUAAGCCCUAGUGUUCACAGUGACAAGUCUGGUAACAGUCCAGUUAAUGUGUUUGAAUUUAAAUAAAGGUAUGAUUUUAUUAUUUUUGUAAUGUGGAAAUGGAGAGGGUUGUAUGUGUGUAGGUUCCUGAGAAGAGGAAGAGUUUAUACAAUUCAAAUACUUAUUAAUGAUUAACUUUGGCAUAUUACAGCUGCUAUCUGACUUUUGGCUGUAUUGCAUUUAUAAUAUCAUCUAUACAGCAUAUUUCUUGUUUGUACAUUAAUAUUUUAUUUUGGGAAAAGAAGAUUUACAUUGU